AUCACACUUGCACUUGUGUCUCCAGAGAGGCCGGCUGGACAUCUGAAAUCCAAAACGACAGAUUUUGGGUUGAAAUAAACUGGGACCAUGGGGCUUGGUACGGGGAAUGAUGAGUACACAUUGACGGCAACUUCUGAGAAUGAAACCAAAAAGCCCAAAAAGGGUAAAAAAAAGAGGAAGGAUGUGAACGAACUGAAGAAAGAAGUGGAGCUGGACGACCACAAGCUGACAUUGGAUGAACUUUCUCGGAAAUACGGCACUGACUUGAACAGGGGCUUGUCUUCUUCCCGUGCAAACGAGAUCUUUGAGCGUGAUGGACCGAACGCCCUGACCCCACCUCCAACAACUCCAGAAUGGGUCAAGUUCUGCACACAACUCUUCGGUGGAUUCCAGACACUGCUGUGGUUUGGUGCAUUUCUUUGUUUCACGGCGUAUGGGAUUCAGGCUGCCUCCAACGAAGAACCAGCGAAUGACAAUCUGUACCUGGGACUCGUGCUAGCUUUUGUUGUCAUAGUCAACGGAUGGUUCUCAUACUAUCAAGAAUCCAAGAGCUCUAAGAUCAUGGAAUCUUUCAGGAACCUUGUGCCUCAGCAAGCAUUAGUCGUGCGUGAUGGAGAGAAAAAGGUCAUCACUGCGAAUGAGGUAGUCGCCGGAGAUCUUGUGGAGGUCAAAGGUGGAGACAAAAUCCCAGCUGAUCUUCGUAUCAUUGCUGCACACGGAUGCAAGGUGGACAACUCCUCCCUCACUGGAGAAUCUGAGCCCCAGACUCGAACCCCGGACUUCUCCCAUGAAAACCCAUUGGAGACGAGAAACAUUGCAUUUUUCUCUACCAACUGUGUUGAAGGUACCGCCAGAGGGGUUGUCAUCAACACCGGUGACCGUACUGUCAUGGGUCGUAUUGCAUCACUUGCCUCAAGUCUGGAUGGUGGAAAAACACCAAUCGCUAGAGAGAUCGAGCACUUCAUACACAUCAUCUCUGGUGUAGCUGUCUUCCUCGGUGUGGCCUUCCUAAUCCUGUCCCUGAUUCUCGGAUAUGGGUGGUUGGAAGCUGUUGUUUUCCUCAUUGGUAUCAUUGUUGCUAAUGUACCUGAAGGUCUCCCUGCCACUGUAACUGUGUGUCUAACUCUGACUGCCAAACGUAUGGCGAAGAAGAACUGCCUGGUGAAGAAUCUCGAAGCGGUGGAAACUCUUGGCUCGACCUCCACCAUCUGCUCUGACAAGACUGGUACUUUGACCCAGAACCGAAUGACCGUGGCUCACAUGUGGUUUGACAAUCGCAUUCACGAAGCAGACACCACAGAGAACCAGAGUGGAGCCUCCUUUGACAAGAGCUCUCCAACUUGGUCUGCUCUCUCACGUGUUGCUGGCCUUUGCAACCGUGCUGUUUUUCGUGCUGAACAAAGCCAUCUCCCAAUCCUUAGCCGAGAAACAGCUGGUGAUGCCUCAGAGUCCGCUCUGUUGAAGUGUAUCGAGCUGUGCUGCGGUUCAGUCACUGAAAUGAGAGAGAGGUACCACAAGAUUUGUGAGAUCCCUUUCAACUCCACCAACAAGUAUCAGCUCUCAGUCCACAAGAAUCCCAAUUCUUCGGAGUCUAAGCACCUGCUGGUGAUGAAGGGAGCCCCUGAGAGAAUCUUGGAUCGAUGCUCUACUAUUUUGAUUCAAGGAAAAGAGCAGGCUUUGGACGAUGAAAUGAAAGAUUCAUUCCAAAAUGCUUAUGUAGAACUCGGAGGUCUUGGAGAAAGAGUGCUUGGUUUCUGCCACUUUAGCCUCCCAGAUGACCAGUUUCCUGAAGGUUUUGCAUUUGAUACUGAAAAUGUGAACUUCCCCACUGAGAACCUGUGUUUUGUUGGCCUCAUGUCUAUGAUCGAUCCUCCUCGUGCAGCUGUACCAGAUGCUGUGGGCAAGUGCAGGAGUGCAGGAAUCAAGGUUAUCAUGGUUACUGGAGACCAUCCAAUUACAGCUAAGGCUAUUGCAAUGGGUGUAGGCAUCAUCUCUGAAGGCAACGAGACUGUGGAAGACAUUGCUGCUCGUUUAAACAUCCCUGUUUCAGAGGUCAAUCCAAGAGAUGCCAAGGCCUGUGUGGUCCAUGGUGGAGAACUGAAGAACAUGAAUGAAAGCGACUUGGAUGAGAUCCUCAAAUACCAUACAGAAAUUGUGUUCGCCAGAACUUCUCCACAACAAAAGCUGAUUAUCGUGGAAGGCUGUCAGCGACAGGGUGCCAUUGUAGCUGUAACCGGUGAUGGUGUCAAUGAUUCUCCCGCUCUGAAGAAGGCUGAUAUUGGUGUGGCUAUGGGUAUCGCUGGAUCUGAUGUAUCUAAACAGGCUGCUGACAUGAUCCUCCUGGACGACAACUUUGCCUCAAUUGUCACUGGUGUAGAAGAAGGACGUCUGAUCUUUGACAACUUGAAGAAAUCGAUCGCCUACACGCUGACUAGUAAGAUCCCUGAGAUGUCCCCCUUCCUCAUGUUUGUCCUCGUUGGUAUUCCUCUACCUUUGGGAACCGUCACCAUUCUCUGCAUUGACCUGGGCACUGAUCUGAUUCCCGCUAUCUCUUUGGCUUAUGAAAAUGCAGAAAAUGACAUCAUGAAGAGACAACCCAGAAAUGCUCAGACAGACAGGCUGGUGAACGCGAGGCUAAUCAGUAUGGCCUAUGGUCAAAUCGGUAUGAUCCAAGCAGUUGCAGGGUUUUUUACUUACAUCGUGGUUAUGAGUGAGAAUGGUUUCUGGCCCAGUUAUCUUCCAGGACUUCGAGUUGGUUGGGAAGACAGAUCUAUCAGUGACCUGGAAGAUAGCUAUGGUCAACAAUGGACCUUCGAGGCCAGAAAGAUUAUAGAGUCCACUUGCCACACAGCAUUUUUCAUCAGUAUUGUGGUUGUGCAGUGGGGAGACUUGAUCAUUGUAAAGACCAGAAGAAAUUCCAUCAUACAGCAGGGAAUGAAAAACAAAGUCCUGAUCUUUGCCUUUUUUGAGGAAGCUGCUCUUGCAGCUUUCUUGUCCUACUGCCCAGGGAUGGACGUUGCUGUCAGAAUGUAUCCUCUAAGACCAUUGUGGUGGUUCACUGCCUUCCCAUACUCACUUCUCAUCUUCGUCUAUGAUGAAGUUAGAAAAUACCUCCUACGGCAGAAUCCAGGAGGCUGGGUGGAGAGAGAAACAUACUAUUAAAUCAAGACGACAUUCUAUUGCAAACUUAUUCUCUGAGACAUUUUUCUCAAAAUGAUUCAACUCUGUGUUUUUCAGCAAAUA